CAAAAGAACCCAGGUAUCAUCUUACUCACUAUAGUCGUUUACUUGUUUAUUUGCCGUCUAUUUCGCCUUUUUUUGAAGAUUUUUUUCGGGUCGUAUCAGUUUUUGCUUCCAGUUAGACUUACAGACCUCACUCAUAAUAAUUCCAGGCCAUAUCGCCAGGAACCAUGGCAUGAAUGUUUUACGACCGUGAACAAAAAAGAAUUCGAUGCGCUCAUUUAUUCAUUAUACGUGAUGGCAAGAGACGAUAAAAAACUUGAUGGAUAUGAAUAUUACGAGUGCAUAAAUCGUCUACAAAGCAAGUGCCGUUAUCGAGUCAGAGCUCGAAGAAUGAAUGAGUUCAUAAUCGUAGAAGAACGAGGCGGUCAUAAUCAUGCUAUGGAGCCAGUGGGCACACCUGGAACUCAUGCAGGACUACCAAAAACCCUGAGAGAAAUCGUUGAUCGUUCUUUCUAUGAAGAUUGGAAUAACGCUGUUCGACAGGAAAAACUCGAAGAGGAGGUCCGACGCCUUGGCCUUCCGCAUAAUCCACGUCUUGGCAGACAAGUUGACAAUCGGAUUGCAUAUCUGCGUAGGGUGAAGAAUCUCAACGAAAUGAAGAAAAUCCAAGAUCAGGUAUGUGUGGCAGAGGAAAAUUUUAGAGGGGAAAUAGAGAAAUCACCAAACAAGGAGAAAAUGGUAUUCUUCGCUACAUUGCAGUUUUGCUUCAGAUAG